CAACCGCAACAGAUAUAAAUGUACCCCGCUUACAUUGAAAACGGCUAGAAAACAUAAGUUGCGGGUUAAGUUCAGUUCAUUCCACCCGAGGAAGUCAAUGAAAAUGGUAACAUUAAAGCACUUUCUUUUCAUGAGCUGUUUGGCGUUGCUGACUGAUGCGACGUACGGUGGUGCUCAGAUUUAUAUUCGGAGACAACCAGAAGCCAGCAGGAAUAUUUCUGUAAAUGUAGGGGGAGCGCUCAAUGGAAGCAUUUGCAUUGAUUGUCAGAACCAAAUACAAGCCCAAGAGACAGACCAGAAACAAAUUGAUAAAGAGGAACGCCAGGUAAAACUUCCAUCAAAUUUGAUCGAAAAUGAAAUACGGAUCCCCGAUGUGAAUACUACUACUACGAUAAAAGAGGAAAGUUAUAUAGUAACCGAAGGAAAAAGCACUGUCAAACCAGAGCUGCCUAAAUUAAAAAUCACUAAGGAACCAGAGCUGCCUAAUUUAGGAACCACUUUAGAAGUUGAUCUGCCUAUUUUAGACAGCACUAAGGAACCACUUCCGAAUACAGAUAUUUUAACUAAAGAUGGGGGCCUAACGAAAAUAAAUCUACGUCUUAUCCCACAGGCGUUCAAAGCCAAAUUAUCAAAGGCAAAUGUAGUUCGAGUAACUCCGAAGGCGAAAGCACCAGCAGCUUCGGAAGCUCUGGCAGAUGCGGAAGAGGCGGCAGCUUUAAGAGCUUUAAAAGCUCCAGCAACUCUGGCAGAUCAGGAAGAGGCGGCAGCUUUAAGAGCUUUAAAAGCUCCAGCAACUCUGGCAGAUCAGGAAGAGGCGGCCGCUUUAAGAGCUUUAAAAGCUCCAGCAACUCUGGCAGAUACGGAAGAGGCGGCAGCUUUAAAAGCUUUAAAAGCUCCAGCAACUCUGGCUGAUCCGGAAGAGGCGGCAGCUUUAAAAGCUCCAGCAACUCUGGCAGAUCAGGAAGAGGCGGCAGCUUUGAGAGCUUUAAAAGCUCCAGCAACUCUGGCAGAUCAGGAAGAGGCGGCAGCUUUAAAAGCCUUGAAAGCUCCAGCAAAUCUGGCAGAUCCGGAAGAGGCGGCAGCUUCGAAACUUGCACAAGCUUCGUAAGCCACAGAAGGCUCAUGUUAAUGUAAUCUCCGUAAGCUGAGUCUUAGGAAGUGAUUAACAUAUAGGAUAAUAAACACUACCAAACUACAA